UGAUGGUGUGCUUACGUACAAAAGCAAUGUAUUAUUUGUUUAUUCAAAGAUAAAUUGUGUACAUCACUGACAUGAUUUACAUCCUCAGUUUCCUUCUUUCUCUCUCUGUCUACAUUUUGCAGGUUUGAGUGGGACAAACUUCUGGAGAAUGUGCACUGUUUGAUCAUUAGUGUGACAAAAACCGACAAGCAGGAAGCUUAUAUACUCAGUGAGAGUAGCAUGUUUGUCUCCAAGAGACGUUUCAUUUUGAAGACAUGUGGUACCACCCUCUUACUACAAGCGCUGGUGCCCCUGCUGGAGCUCGCCAGAGAGUACUGCGGCUUUGAUGCCAUUGAGAAUUUCUUCUAUUCUCGCAAGAACUUCAUGAAGCCCAGCCAUCAGGAGUUCCCUCACCGGAAUUUCCAGGAGGAAGUGGAUUUUCUGAGCCAGAUUUUCCCGAACGGGGCAGCCUACUGUAUGGGCCGAUUGAAUUCUGACUGCUGGUACCUUUUUACUCUGGACCUGCCAGAGUUUUGGGAGAACAAGCAUGCGGAUCAGACCCUGGAAGUUCUGAUGAGCGAUCUUGACCCAGCGGUGAUGGACCAGUUCUACAUGAAAGACGGUGUUUCUGCAAAUGAUGUCACUCGUAUGAGUGGAAUACGUGACCUGAUCCCAGGUUCUGUGAUUGAUGCCACAAUGUUCAACCCUUGUGGAUAUUCAAUGAAUGGAAUGAAAACGGAUGGAACUUACUGGACGAUCCACAUCACUCCAGAGCCAGAGUUCUCUUACGUUAGCUUCGAAACCAACCUCUCCCAAUCAUCCUAUGAAGAUCUCAUCCGCAAGGUUGUGGAUGUCUUCAAGCCAGGGAAAUUUGUGACCACGCUUUUUGUCAACCAGAGCUCCAAAUGUCGCAGUGUUUUCUCCUCCGCCCAGAAGCUUGAGGGCUACAAGCGCCUGGAUCGCCAGUUGGCCCAAUUCAACGAUUACAAUUUUGUUUUUAACAGUUACGCCAUGAGCCGCCAGCAGAACCAGCAGAGCUGAACGAGAGAAAUGAAGAAAAAGCGUAAAAAGAAAGGCGGACUCCGGGAGCGAUUGCUCGGCGUCCGUCUUCCUCCUCCUUCUCCUCCUUCUCCUAUUUCCUCUGUUCUACUGUCAUUCUGUGUUGAGGUUCUUGGCCAUGAUAAGGAUUAUAGCGCCGAGGCCAAGAGGUUUAGUUUCCCCCUGUCAAGUUUGAAUCGUAUGCCUACUACUUGUACCUAUAACUUAGCUAUCUUGCAUGAAAGCUCUCCUGUUCGUGUAGAUAUCCUAGCUCACUCUUGCUGUGAUCUUGAAGUGCAUGUAGAGGAAUUACAGCAGCUCUGUUUGGGGCGGUGGGGGAGGGGGCGAGGGCUUCGUCCUCCCUUCCGCCGCCACGGCCCCUUCCUGCAGGUGUCCCCCCUCAUCCCCCACAGACAAGGCUUCCGUGCUCACUAGGCCUGAACCCUGGCAUGCUGAGAUUGGGCCUCCAACUCUAAUGCACAUUGUGUGGUUCCACCAAGCCCCUCCUGUGCCUCACAGCUCUCUAGAUCUUUCUAGAUCCUACUCUCUCACUCUUUUAAGUCUCUUAAGCUGAUAGUCGCGGUGCAAGAAAAUAACACACAACAGUUUGGGUAGCUUGAGUUUCUUCUUCUUCUUCUUUUUUUUUUUUUUUUUUAAUAGAUAUCUCGUCCCCUUGUGUGUGUGGUUUGGUUGUUCUUGCACACAGGCUUAUUUUAGCAAGUAGUAGCAGCAGAGAGCUCACUACUGAGUCACCUGGAUGGUCGUUUCAUUUUUCACUUGGAUUAAGCCCAUGGCCAUUUCCAAGGCUGAGUUUUCCAAAGUUUUUCACCCCAACUCUGGUUAUGCGAUUUGCUGUUAAUUCACUGGUGUUGGUGUCCACUUCAAUAAUCUGAAGUGAAGUGAUCCAGGCAAUUGUAAGGUUUCAGUUUGGGUGUGUCUUCUGAUCCCAGUUGAAUGUAGAUGUUAACCAAGGACACUGCAAUUUAAAAAACAAAACAAAAAAAAAACAUUUUUGGAGUUUGAAUGUAGUUCCAUUUGAAAGCUGGAUCUGGGAGAAAAUAAGGAUAGUUGAAGGUUGUAGUUGGCCUUUCCUGUAGAAUGUUUAUAUACUGAGGACACCUUAGGUGUGGGGUCUACACCUGGCCUCGCCAACAGCACUGGGGUCAUUGUUUGAUAGGAGGUGGGGUGUGAGUGUGGGGUGCGUGGUCUCCUUGCUCCCAUCACCACCAAAUGAUGCUUGACCAGUGCUGUGCAGCUCCCCUCUACAUCAUAGCUGUGAGUGGGUCGAAUGAUGCUUGACCAGCUCCCCUCUACAUCAUAACUGUGAGUGGGUCGAAUGAAUUGAGACUCUUUUGCUUCGAACAGUGCUAGCCCAGCAAAGCACUUUCUCUUUGGCUAAACAAUGUAUGUCCAGUCCAGUCCUGUCCCCUCACCCUCUCUGUUACUAUAACUUUUUCUUUUCUCUCUCUGUCUCUCUUUCCCCUCCCGUACAGAAACUGGUGACCCACACAAUGGGCUCCAACCAAUCUGAGCAUGCCAGGGUCAUCCCGGAUCAUUCCACACCUAACUGUUGCAUAAACUGCCGUUUUAUUAAUUUUAUUGUGCACAGACGUUUUUUUUUUCUCUCCCUGCCCCACUGUCAUGAACUGGUCCCCCAAAUGUGACUCCACUGCACUUUUUUUGGAGUUCGCAUCAAUGCCCUUUUGUUUACGUCCACGGAAAGAUCCUGUGUUCCAAUGGUGCAUGUGACUACUAGUGCUGUAUUGCUUGACAGUUGUAUGUGCUGCAUUUCUCGUUCCUCAUGUAUAAGUAAAAAAAAAAGUAAAAGGAAAAGAAAGAAAGAAAAGGAAAAAAAAUGAAAUCUAAGUACUUUUUUCCCCCUCACUUCCUCUUGUUUAGUUACAUAAAAAUGCAUAAAAGGAGAAAAAAACUGUAGCUGAUAGGAUUGGGGCAUCCUGAUAAUGUUUUUAUUGGAACAGGUGGUGUCUCCUUCCUGAUAUUUGUUUCUUUUCUUUUUUUGAUGAUUCCCACCUAAAGUGCUGAAAGCAGAUCUGUGACUAUUCAGUUGGUGUUGAAAAAACCCGUGUGGGCUUUUGUCAUUCGAUUGCAGUUUUGCUGAAAGGCAUUUUAAAGAGGGGACUGUUCUUUUCCAUUGGCCAGUCAGUAGUCUUCAUGAAGCUUCUCCCGCCAGAGAUUGCAGACUGAGUGGUGAAAUUUGCUGACUUGAGAGCAGGAGAAGAGACCGGUUUUUAGUUGAGGUUGGGUUGGAGACUAAAGCCCUGAACUGCUUUCAGCACUGUGGGGAUAUUUUUUCUUUUUGUUUCAUACGGAUAGGAACGAGUUUUAAGUAGAGAGACAGAACACGGAUAAGCUCCUAUAAGACUCUGAAAGGAUGCGAGUUGCACACUGUUGAAACCGACACAGACUUAGUUUCUGAAGAAGAAUGUGAUAUUACAAGUGGACCACUUCAAUGGAGCGACACCUCUCUAGGCAAGGACCUGUGCAAUGUUGACAAUUGGCACAGUCUCCUCCAGUAAGGCCUGUUGUGGAUUGAGGAGUGGUUUUGUUCAAUUUAAAUUUUUGCCAGAGGACCAACCAGCCAGGUCUUUGCCUUCAGGUCGUGCUACGCUUCAGUUUCGCCAUAGUUUAGAAGCAGCCAUAGUUCUAUAGGAGCGUAUAUUGUACUAGAGAGGACAUUUAGCAUAAGCACUGUCAAACACAAGAAAAACCUUUAUUUUCUGGAUGAAGUCAUAUUUUGGAGCGCAAGUUUGAGAAGUGGGUAAUUCAAGUUGACACGGUUUGGAGCAUAAUGGGGUUUUUUGUUUUGUUUACUUUCUAAAUAUACAAGAUGACUAAUGAUAUUUUUUGCAGUCAAGCUAUUUUUUUACAAUACAUUUUUGUAAGGGAUGCAUUUCUGCUGCGGACCAAUUACAUAGAUUUUUUUGUCUGUAUUUUUUUAUUUUGGAUGUCAAAAGUGUUCCAAACUUUUAAUUUGUUCUGAAGUUAAGCGGCUAGAUAAUCAAAUCAUGUUUUUUUUUUCUCUUUUUUUUUUUUUUUUCCUAUUUCUCUGCCUUCCCCUGGUAUUGUUGCGAUCCCUGGGAAAGGCAGAUAACACUAGCCUCCUCUCCUGUGAGGAAGGGUGCCAUGGCAGGAUUUGGUAUCAGGAUGUGUCGAAGGGAAAACUUUGCUGUUCUAACUCUCUUGCUACUCUCGGCUUGGUCAAGAUGUGCUAAAUAUAUCUGUACUGAGCUUGAUGCUUUAAUAAAAAACAAAAUAAAAAUG